CUUCCAUCUUCUUACAGUGCAUUCGGUGUCUUUAUCAGAAUCUGAUCACAGUGGUGUUGCUUCAAAACAUUUAAGACCACGGUCUUCAGCUUAUGAUUCCCCAAGACUCUUGAGUUUUACCAUCGGAAUCAUGGUCACUACCGUCGACUUCCUCACCUCCAGCUCUAGCAUGCUCAGUGUCCUCAUAGCGCUUCUUGCUGUAACUGGAGGCUACUUACUGCAUGUAAGACGAAGACUUCCUUUACCUCCGGGUCCCAAACGGCUUCCCAUCGUCGGAAACGCUCUGGACUAUCCAACGGAUACACCUUGGGUCAAGUAUGCUGAAUGGAGUCGCCAGUAUGGUUCCGACGUCGUCUACGCCAAGAUUUUUAACACAUCCAUGGUGAUACUCAACUCCGAAGAGGCGAUUAAUGAUCUAUUCGUGAAGCGAUCCGCUAUUUACUCGGACAGACCUCGACACAUCAUGGUGAACGAGCUCAUGGGGUGGUCCAGAAACCUUCAUAGCAUGGCAUAUGGCGACGAGUGGCGAGCGGGACGGCGUUUGUUCUACCAAGAAUUCAAUCCUAGUUCGUCAACACGUUUUCGACCACAUAUGCUGGCGGCUAGUCGUGAGCUCCUUGCUCGCCUGCUUAAAGACCCUGAAGAUUUUGUGGAGCAUCUUCGCCACAUGUCCGGUUCAGUUUCAAUGGACAUUGCCUAUGGUAUGAAACCGCAAGAAAAGGAUGAUCCGUUCAUUGCCUGCUCCGAACGCGCUGUCGCUGGCGUCGUUCGCGCCUUUGUCCCUGGUGCAUUCCUGGUGGAUAUGAUACCCAUUCUGAGAUACGUACCAGAAUGGGUUCCAGGAGCAGGCUUCCAGCGUCUAGCGAGGCAGUGGAAGAAAGAAACAGACGAUACUUUCGACCUACCGUGGGCAGCAGCAAAGGAACGCAUUGCAAAGGGAACGUCUGGUCCGUCGUUUACUUCGUUCAGUCUAGAUCAAAUCGCGGAGAAAGACGAUACACCGGAAGCAAAAGCAAAGGAGGAAGAGGCAGUGAAGAACACUGCUGCCUCAAUGUUCUUAGUCGGAUCCGAUACGAACAUCGCCCCGCUGCAAUCAGCCUUUUUAGGCAUUCUCUCAAAUCCGGAUGCCCAACGGAAGGCGCAGGAGGAACUUGAUCGUGUUCUUGGUCCGGGAACCCUCCCUGAUUUCAGCCAUGCAGACGAUUUGCCAUAUGUCACUGCUCUGGUCAAGGAAGUCCUUCGCUGGCAUGAUCCGGCACCUAUUUGUUAG